CUCGCCUUGUUUUGCUGCUUUGCAUUUGCAUGUCAGGCCUCUGUCGGGAGCCAAACCGUAGAGCCUGACGAGCUUCAUUUGCUUGUAAGACAAGGAGUCCCAGACUUUUGGUCAUUUUGAGUGUGAGCGCAGUCGCUGAGGCGCUGACUUCAGGUCGAGAUGGGAAUCAAAGAAAUGUUAGACCUGACGCGGGUGCCGUCCAUCCUCUUGCUUGGCAUGGUUUAUGUAGCCUAUGUGCUGAUUGGAGGGGUGAUUUUCUGGAAGCUGGAAGGUGAUUUGGGGAAGAAGGACAUUAGCAACAUCUUACUGAAUAAACAAAAGCUGUUCUCAACGUACACCUGUCUGAACCACCAAGGCCUGGUGGAUGUGGCUCAGGUAAGAUCUCAGUAACAAUGUUGACAAAGGUCAGUUUAGAAACUUGUUUACGGGGUGAAGGAAGAAGGGAUUGGUUGAAAAUCCGAAAAAAACCUCCUGAAACUGUGUUUGGUUUGAUUUGUUUCAUUGUGUUAUUUCUUGUCUGCAGGUCAUUCAAGAAGCAUCAAAGGCAGGACUUAGUUUGAAAAGCAACACCACCACAGACGGCUUCUGGCAAUUCACCAGCUCAGCUGUGUUUGCUGCCACGGUGGUCACCACCAUAGGUUAUGGAAACAUGAGUCCGAGCACAUCUGCCGGUCAGAUCUUCUGUGUGUUCUUCGCUCUCUUUGGGAUUCCUCUGAAUUUGGUAGUGCUCAACAAAGUUGGAAAAUACAUGCUGAGUUUGGAGAGGAACAUCUCAGACUUCCUCCAAAGAAAGUCGGGACACAAGACAUGCACACGUUUUUUUAUUCACCUCUUCUCUUACAUCUGUGGAACGGUUUUCUUCUUCAUCGUACCCAUGACUGUAUUCCAGCUGUUUGAGGGAUGGACCUACUCCCAGGCCAUUUACUACUGUUUCAUCACCCUCAGCACGAUUGGUUUUGGGGAUUUUGUGGCAGAUAACAAUCCAGACACAGACUACCCAAACUGGUACAGUGUUUUCAUGGCCUCGUGGAUCUUCUUUGGGAUGGCUUGGCUUGCUUUGCUCAUUAACCACUCCAUUGACAUCUUGGAGCGGCUCAACGCUCUCUGGAAACAGAAGUGGCGUGGUCAAAACCCUGAGGGAGAGUCAAGUGGCAGUGAGGACACGAAACCCGAGGCAGACACGAAAGAGGAGAAUGAGAUCCAAAAGCCGUUACCACAGUAACGCAGAAAAAAGGAGAACGCUUCAGUGAGUCAGAAAACCAACAUCCGCUGAGGCUGGGCUUUUGGAAAGAUUGUAAAUCACAACUGGUUGUGAGAAACUGUUUCUUGUCAGAAUGUAACGUUAGGAAAGAACAUAAACUGUCAUGCAUGACCUCAGAACAUGACCUCCUUCAAAACCUAAAGGAUCGCUUUAAAGGCAGACAUCUGAAUAAACAGGCAGCAUGUCUGCAGUUCAGUUUCUCAUGCAUAAUAUGUUGGCUUCUUUAGAUAGACGUCUUUAGGGAAAUCAAGAAAACAUUGUUAAAAAGAAACAACAAGUUUGAAUGUAACACUGAUGAGAAAUGUGCAAUUAUCUUUGCAUUGGAAUAAUGAGCUUCAGUGAUAGACUGUGGCAGUCUGAUGAACAUUUGACCAAAAUACAGAACAUUUUCAUUUACUGCUUCAUGCUCAACCUGUUAAAGGGUCCAUAUCCUGCUUUUCUUGAGCCUUUUAGAGUAAACUAUAUCCAUAGAUAUGAUCUUAUAUGACCUUUGGCACACUAAAAC